AGCCCAUAGCGAGGGGCAGUGCCAAGUUUGGUGAGCCAGGGCUUGUGGAGGGAUAGGGAGCUAUCCGAGGCGACUGUAGGGCUUGUAGGACUUGAGAUUCGUCACUUCUGGGUACAUAAUCUGUGUGUUUAUAAAAACACUCGCCGAACGGGCUCAUAUCAUGUAGCUCGUGUCUUUGACAUAUCUCCGUUCACGAUCCCUUGAUAGCAUAUAUGGAUCAAUGUGGUAGAACAGACCGAUAGAAGGUCAACUACCGGCAUAGUUGAGAUGGUAUAGUACGGUGAUUGUAGAAAAGCCUGAAGAGGUUUCCAGGUUGAGAAUUUCGUGGACGAGGUCACGGAGAUGCCCUGAAUUUAUGCUCUUGCCGGUCCCACUCAGCUACCCACAGCUUCCAAUGGGACAUCAUGUUCUCCGUGCGCCUGUUCCUGUCCCGGAAGAAUACCCCACCUUCAGCAAGUACUACGCCGCUACUGAUCGCUGGAAUGACUUCGUGACCCUUGGAGGAAUAGUGGACUCAAGCAUGAAUCGACUGCAGUAUUGCAUCGCGACCGAACUCCUGCGGGACUCCAUCAUCCCCGGUAUGAUACUUCCUGACAACCAGUCAACCCUCGGCUUCCCCCUCCAUCACCAUGAUAUUAGUGUCCAGAACAUAUUUGUCGACGAUGACUUGAACAUUACAUGUGUCAUCGACUGGGCAUUCUCCUCCACUGUUCCUCCAGCACAGCUGCUCGCUACUCCAGGCCUACCACAUCCCAGAGACUUGGUGUUGGAUUUGUCCUUGGCAAAUGCCUUCCGAUCUGGCUUCGAAAGCGAGGAUAGCAAUGCCGACAGGUUGAUUGUCGAACCUGACUGUUGGAAAGUCGCGCAGAUGGUCUCACAUUACAUGCGCUUGGUGAAUCUGGAUGCUUUACAAGACUAUGGUCACCUCGAGACACUCUGUGUGCUUGCCCGGCGACGGGUAUCUCCCGAAGAUGACGAUUAUGACAUCAACAGCCUGCCAGCUAUGAUGGCAACAAAAGCUACGACCCUGGAAGCGCUCGCGCUCGCUAGCAAGUUAGCAGCUGACGACGAGCCAGAAAGCGAAACCCGUCGGCGGGAGAAGGAGUACUUCAACGCAGUAGGCUCCAAGCGACUAGCGAUAGCGCGCAAGGUGGCAUUGGCAGCCAAGGUGAAUCCACAAUUUGUGGCAGAUGGGCGGCUGUGGCGCUGGGUCGAUGCAGUAAUUGAGUAUUGCGACAGCGCGUGAUCCGAAGGGCUGAUUAUCCUGAAGGGUGUCGAGGCCUGUCCUUGGAGGUAGAAGAAGAAGAAAACAGUAACACAUUCGUGUUUCAGCCUCAUCUAUAUGAGCGGUUCCUCAAGAAGUGUCCUUGGGAGGUCCCGCCGCGGCUGGAACAGGAGACAGCCACUACAUUCGUAUAGAACAAGAUGGAACCUUCGAAGCCGCCGACCAGCUCCGACCAAUGGUCAUGGUAGCCCCACUUUCCAAAAAUGGGUUAGCUAUUCUUGCCGUCUGGCGUUUGGGCGCCAGCUGUCACAACCCUGCAAACACGUGUGCUGUCGCGUCUGCUUUGUUUUCUGUUUACCUCUCCCUCGCUAUCUCA